AUGGGGGGAGUGCCUAGAAGAUCGAGUACUGUAAAUGGGGGUAAUGUUGGGAGUCUGCGCCAGAAGCCUGAAGAGGUGGUCGUGGACAUCGAUUUCGAGGGUCUCAGCCUGCACGACUUUGUAGCGCAAGAAGCUCAUGAGCAACGGCACACUACUUCUGUACAUACAUAUAGCGCACAGUCAGUUGAAGAAUAUGACGUCGAGAAAGAUAAGUUCGAAGAUCUGCACAAGUCGAUAUUAGCUUGCGACGAGGUACUCAAGUCGGUGGAAACAUACCUCACAAACUUCCAAGCAGAUCUCGGGGCAGUGUCGGCCGAGAUAGAGUCGCUUCAGAACCGCUCAGUAGCGCUGAACACCAAACUGGAGAAUCGAAAAGUUGUGGAAAAGCUCCUGGGACCCGCAGUGGAAGACAUCAGCAUAUCUCCAGCAGUCAUACGCAAGAUUGCAGAAGGCCCAGUCGACGAGAGUUUCGUGCGCGCCUUAGCAGACGUCGAUAAACGAUCCAAGACCGUCAAUGCAAAAGCCAAAGAAAACCCUGACCUCAAAGCUGUCGCAGACCUCAAGCCUGUCAUAGAUAAUCUUGUCAACCGUGCUGUCGAACGAAUACGAGACUACAUAGUCGCCCAAAUCAAAGCCAUUCGUUCACCCUCUAUUAACGCACAGAUAAUCCAACAACAAGCAUUUCUCAAGCACAAAGAAUUGUACGCUUUCCUAUCGAAGCAUCAGCCCGAACUUGCACAGCAAAUUGGUCAGGCGUAUGUCCACACAAUGCGGUGGUACUAUCUUAACCACUUCACUCGAUAUCGAACCGCCCUCGAAAAGAUUAAGGUGCAUGCACUAGACAAGUAUGAUGUCCUUGGCGAAGAUCCCAACACAAAAAGAGGCGGUGGAAUACUUGGACAAGCACGGAGCGCACCAGUUGCCUAUGAUGCGUUCUCGCUUGGUCGACGUCGAGAUGCACUCAAGAACUCUUCGCUCAACGCUCUGACAGCCUACAUCGCUGAAGAAGAGAAAUCUGCGCACUACCUCGAAGUCAUCUUCCGCAGCUUCAACCUCGCCCUGAUUGACAACGCGUCUUUCGAGUACACUUUCAUAUCUACCUACUUCGCACCCUCGCAAAAUUACCAUGUCAUAUCACGCACAUUCUCGGCCAUCUUUGAGCCCACAUUCGCCCUUGGUCAAGCAUUGACGAAACAACUCGUCGAAAAUACCACAGACACACUUGGUGUUCUCCUCUGCGUGCGACUGAACCAACACUUCGCGUUCGAGCUGCAACGCAAAAAGGUCCCAACGGUGGAAGGCUACGUUAACGCCACGAACAUGCUUCUCUGGCCGCGAUUCCAACAGAUCCUUGACAUGCACUGUACAUCUCUCCAGAAACUAACAUCGUCUCUCUCUGGCCGACCGUCCGCUGGCUCUGCCCUACUUCUAACGAGCUCUCAGAACUCGAUUUCGACCGCGCCAACACCACUCACACAAAAGUUUGCCAAUCUUCUCCACGGGAUUCUAGCUCUGUCGUCGGAAGCAGGGGAUGAUGAGCCUGUCUCAGUGAGUGUAGCCAGGCUGAGAAGCGAGUAUGAAGCCUACCUCACAAAACUGAGCAAAGGGACUGGUGAUGCACGGAAGAGGGACAGAUUCCUGUGUAAUAAUUACAGUCUUACGUGUACCAUAUUUGCAGAUGUUGAUGGGAGACUAGGAGAGGAGGUCAGAGCACAUUUUGAGAAGUUAAGAGAUACUUUUGACAAAUGA